GUGGCCGGACGUCGUUGACUUGUUGAUUUAAUUUUUUUGCAAAAUCAUCUUUUGCCGUAUGGGUUUUUGGCUUAUACGGUCAUUGUCUAUACUCUAUAGCGCUCAGUGAGACAAUGACUGUCUCGCAAAUCCAAAAUAUCCAGGAUAUGGCUGCGAUCUAUAGUGAGGGGUUAACGCUAUGUAAUAGGGAUGACCGUCUUUCGAAGGCGUUUAUAAGCCUGACGAGUGAGGCCAGAGAACUGUAUUUACCUGAGAAAAUAUUCGAAUUUGAAGGCGCGCCCACACCACUGGAAUUUCAUCGUAACUGGGUGUGCCCAAACAUCCCUGUGAUUUUCAAGAAUUCUAUCAAUCAUUGGGCUGCUCUAAAGAAGUGGUCCUUACCUUACCUCAGGGAAGAACUUGGGGGCAAAGAAGUAAGUGUAGCUGUCACACCUAAUGGCCUGGCAGAUGCCGUGUAUGAGAAUAAGUUCAUCUUACCUGAAGAGAGAAGAUUGCUUUUUUCCGAUUUUUUAGACAUAAUGGAAUUUCCUCACUUGGGGAAAUCUGGGAUUUUUUAUAUUCAGAAACAAAAUGGGAACUUCAUUGAAGAAUUUUCUGCAAUUAUUGGUGAUGCUGAGACAGACAUUAAAUGGGCAACAGAAGCCUUUGGUAAAGAACCAGAUGCUGUUAACUUCUGGAUGGGAGAUCAUAGGGCAAUAACAUCACUUCAUAAAGAUCAUUAUGAGAAUCUUUAUUGUGUUAUAUCAGGCCAAAAAACAUUUAAACUAUACCCUCCGACAGAUAUGCCUUAUAUACCCCAUCAAAACUUCAAGGUAGCUCGUUAUAAUGAAAACAAAUCUAACAAGUUUGAGAUAAUCUCUGAAAAAAGUGAUGCAAUUCCAUGGAUACCAGUAGAUCCACUAAACCCGGACUACAAAACUUAUCCUGAGUUUGCUAAAGCAAAAGCAGUCACUUGUACAAUACAAGAAGGAGAUGUUCUUUACCUCCCAUCAUUGUGGUUCCAUCAUGUCCAACAAACACAAGCUACCAUUGCAAUCAACUUUUGGUAUGAUAUGGAGUAUGACAUAAAGUAUAAUUACUUUAAAUUUAUUGAACAGCUAUGUCAGUAGUGAAGAAAUCUUUUCAG